AUGAUUCGCGCAGAGCCCAGCUGCCCAAUUCCAAUAUGGUGGCCAGCUUGGCAGACCUACGGUUCUUGUUGAUGAUAUUGUUGCUUUGCGGGAGGAUCGGGGACGGCGCCUGCAGCCAGCAAGCCCCGCGCGUUCUGGGGUUGCGACUGGAGGACCCAGAAGGCCGGGUGUAUAUGAAGGAGAGGAUCAUCUCUGCGCCGCAAGGGGCCAGUUUCAAGCUCCGGCUGUUCGGCUCGAAUCUGAAUGGUACCUGGCCGUGGGUGGCGUUCGCUGGGGCGGUGGGGGAUGCAGCCGACCCGUGUGGGCAGGAGACCCGCCGUGACACCUCCGCCUUCCAGGUCACCGGGGAGGUCACGGCGGACGAGGAGUACAGCGGGCUGAUAGAGGUGAAGGUGCGGGACAAGAGCAUUCUGUCUCUCGCUGCAGGGGAUGAUGCCAACCCGACCUACCACCUGUGUGUGCUGAAGAGCGGGAGUUGGGUGUCAGUGGGACCGGACAGGCUGCGGAUCAACAACGAAAAUGGUCUCCCAGCGGACUACAUCCCUCCGUGGGGUGUGGCGGUGCUGAUUGUGCUGCUGAUCCUGGUGUGUGGGGUGCUGAGGACUGUGAACCUCAGCCUGCUGUGGCUGGACCCUCUGGAGCUCUAUGUCCUGCACAGCUGCGGCUCUGAGGAAGACAAACGGGCCGCCAAGCGCCUCGAGCCCAUCCGGAGAAGGGGCAACUUCCUGGUGUGUUCCCUGCUUUUCCUGUGCGCUCUGGGCCAUUCGGUUCUAGGUGUGCUGCUCUACCGGGCCGUGGGUUCCAUAGCGCCCGCCGUCUUCACCAGCGGGUUCCUCAUCUUCCUGGUGUCAGAGCUGGUUCCACACAUAGUGUCCUCCGGCUACGGCUUCCAGCUGGCCCCAGGCCUCACCUGGCUGGCACAGGUGUGCAUGGUGCUGACGUGCCCACUGUCGUGCCCACUGGGGCUAGUGCUGGAUCUGGCACUGAGGCGCGACAUCAGUACCUGCGGCGUGAGGGAGAGGGCCAUGGAGAUGAUACGCACCAAUGUCAACGACCCCUACAGUGAGUUUGUGAAGGAGGAGUUUAGCCGCGGUGCGCUGCGUAGUAAGACCGUGGAGGACAUCCUGACUCAGCUCAAGGACUGUUUCAUGCUGUCUUCCACCGCUGUGCUGGACUUCUCCACCAUGUCCGAGAUCAUGCAGAGUGGCUACACGCGUGUCCCAAUCUACGACGAGGAGAGGUCCAACAUCGUGGAGAUACUGUACGUGAAGGACCUGGCUCUGGUCGACCCUGAUGACUGUACUCCCAUGACAACUAUCACCAAGUUCUACAACCACCCUCUGCACUUUGUCUUCAACGACACCAAACUGGAUGCCAUGCUGGAGGAGUUCAAGAAAGGAAACUCAGCCCUGGCCAUCGUUCAGAAGGUGAACAACGAGGGGGAGGGGGAUCCCUUCUACGAGGUGCUGGGAUUGGUCACCUUGGAGGACGUCAUCGAGGAGAUCAUCAAAUCAGAGAUCCUGGAUGAGUCUGACGGAUACAUCGACAUGAAGGUGAAGCGUCCUCUGGCCCCUCUGGAGAUUUCCCUGGAGCCUCGCAGCGUCCACGAAGAAUUCUCUCUGUUCAAACUUCCCGAGGGUGAACCCAAGAUCCGCACCUCGCCCCAGCUACUGCUGGCCACACACCGCUUCCUGUCCAGAGAGGUAGAACACUUCAACCUGGCCCGUGUGUCAGAGAAGGUGUUGUUCCACCUGCUGCGUCACCCCAGUGUCAACCAGGAAGUCCACUUUGACCCCUCCAACCGCCUGAGCGCAGACCACUACCUCUACACACGCAACCACCCCGUAGACUACUUCAUACUGCUACUACAGGGCCGUGUGGAGGUGGAGAUCGGUAAAGAGGGCUUGAAGUUUGAGAACGGAGCGUUCACAUACUACGGUGUUUCUGCACUCACAGCGCCACCCUCAGUGCACCAGUCUCCAGUGUCGACCCAGCGUCGUUCUCCCAGGGAUCCGUUUGAGUUGGGAGAUGCCACCAGCUCGUCCAGCUACUGUCCUGACUACACCGUCCGUGCCCUCACUGACCUGCAGCUCAUACGGGUGACUCGCAUGCAGUACCUGAAUGCUCUGAUGGCGUCACGUGUUGGCCAGAGCCCAGACCCUUCUGAAAUCAAGAUCCUGCCCAACAGUCAGACCAAGCUGCUCAACGAGAGGAACAUCACCACGCAAGGUCGCAGUUGUAAAUGAGAACUUGUUCUCAACUGGCCUACCUGGUUAAAUAAAGGUGGCAGUAAAUCCCAGGAGAGUUCCACAGAAGAGGAGGCUCAUGGGUAAUGCGGUUCUCUCCCUCAGAACGACGUGUGUUACUCAGACGACCAACCGACAGCCACGUGCGACUGUUUUUAGGAGUUAAUGUGUUUUAUCUCUGAAAUGCAGUGAUUGAACCUGGCUAGUGUGAGCGUGUGUGUCGCUGCUGCACCAUCCUCAGCUGUACUUCUCAUUCAUUAUGUUUCGCAUUGAAUCAGCCAUGACUUUUGUGCGUGUGUAUGCAUACCUGUGUGUGUGUGUGUGUGUGUGUCUUCCCUGUUGUAAUUCAGCCUCCUUUCCUAAACGUUACAUUGCCUGUUCCUUCAUUUAUUAUCAGUGUGCCAAAGCGACUCACCUUAACCUCCUGUGGGUGUACGUGUGUGCGUGGAUUGUCAAAACCCGUCCAUCCAAGCAUUAGACAGAGGGUGGUAAAAAAAACACACAAAAAAAAACAGUUGAUUUGCACUAAAGUGUGGUGAUUUGCUUUAGUCGUUGAAUUAUACGUCCAUUUCAUUUUAUACACUCCCACAUUUCAGAUGCAUACAUAUUUGUAUGUAGAGCCAAAUAUUGCUUGUUUUUGUUGUUUAUACCAUUCAAUGCAGUACUUAUUGGUGCCUAAUGAAGGCCUGUAUUUUCUUCUUUAGUUAGUGAUCGAUCGCCCAACAUUUAAUAAAUAUCUAUUUGAACAUUUUCGUAUUUUAACAUUUUCGGUGAACUAUCCGUUUAAGAGAGCUGAUUCGAUGCGCAUUCCUUUGCACAGUCAGACGUUUAGCUUUUAGGUCUGAGCUGUGAUGAGCGAGGCAGAUUACCCUGAGCCAAUCUGCUUUCUGGCAUUCUUUUAGGUCUGAGCUGUGAUGAGCGAGGCAGAUUACCCUGAGCCAAUCUGCUUUCAGGCAUUCUUUUUGUGUGGCCAACAAGAUUCAUGAAGUUGCCGUAGUGUGUGUGUGUUUGUGUCAUAUCUAAAACACCUUGUUGAUUUUUCUCAUCCUUGAUAGCCCAGUAGGUUGAGUUCCAUUAACAUUCCGCAUCACUUCUGUGUCCAGGUGUGGGAGUGUGUGUCUGCUGUUUGGCCAUAUGUGUAUUGGCCAUCAGUAUUCAGUCUUACAGACUCCUUCAGGAAACUCAAUUUCCCAUGUUGCAGCGUACCUACCCAUGUGUGCAGGGAACACAUCUGUUACCCACUGUAGAGACUGGAAACCUAGAGAACGGCCUGGCCCAGGAUCAACCCCUUGGGCCUUCCCUUAAUGCCUUCCCCUGGCCCAUAGCCGUCUACCCUUUUCUUGUAGGCCUUAGUUAUUGAAUUAAUGUUGGUUGAGCUAAAGAAAAGGUGGUGACUCCACCUAGACUUUGUCAGGCCUAUGGGACCUUUCACCAUGACCUAUCUGAUUCAUUCUGAUCUGCAAAUAUCAAACAAAGAGGGGGUAGGAGUCUUUGGAGUGGAUCAGAGUGCACAGUGUGCAGACCAUAGCAAAAUGUUUUGCAAUGGAAAAUUAAAAACAAGAAUUUCUUAUUGGACAUGUUUGGGUAGUCCAACCCUGUUUCAGUCGUGUUCUUCUGUUUGGUGCCUAAUGAACAUGACAGUGUUUCCCAGGGGUCAUGUUAGGGGUCGGCCAUCUUGUUUGCCUCAGUCCUUCCCCACCCUUCUGAGGGAGGGUCUCGUUUGUGUUUAUCUACUUUAACAAUAAAAAAAAUCAUUAGCAAUCUACACACAAUGACAAAUCAAACUGUUUUCUUAGUUUGUUUUCUGCUAAUUUAUUCAAAACAAAAAACAGUACCUUAUUUACAUAAGUAUUCAGACCCUUUGCUAAUGAGACUCGAAAUUGAGCUCAGGUGCAUCCUGUUUCCAUUCAUCCUUGAGCUGUUUCUACAACUUGAUUGGAGUCCACCUGUGGUAAAUUCAAUUGAUUGGACAUGAUUUGGAAAGGCACACACCUGUCAAUAUAAGGUCCCAGAGUUGACAGUGCAUGUCAGAGAUAAAACCAUGCCAUGAGGUCGAAGGAAUUGUCCGUAGAGCUCCGGGACAGGAUGGUGGCGAGGCACAGAUCUGAGGCAGGGUACCAACACAUUUCUGCAGCACUGAAGGUCCCCAAGAACACAGAGGCCUCCAUCAUUCUUAAAUGGAAGAAGUUUGGAACCACCAAGACUCUUCCUAGAGCUGGUCGCCCGGCCAAACUGAGCAGGAGAGUAGGGCAAUGGUCAGGGAGGUGACCAAGAACCUGCUGGUCGCUCUGACAGCCCUCUAGAGUUCCUCUGUGGAGAUGGGAGAACCUUCCAGAAGGACAACCAUCUCUGCAGCACUCCACCAAUCAGGCCUUUAUGGCAGAGUGGCUAGACGGAAGACACUCCUCAGUAAAAGGCACAUGACAGCCCUCUUGGAGUUUGCCAAAAGGCACCGAAAGACUCUCAGACCAUGAGAAACAAGAUUCUCUGGUCUGAUGAAACCAAGAUUGAAAAUUUUUGCCUGAAUGCCAAGCUUCACAUCUGGAGGAAACCUGACACCAUUCCUAUGGUGAAGAGUAGUGGUGGCAGCAUCAUGCUGUGGGGAGAUCUUUCAGUGGCAGGAACUGGGAGACUAGUCAGGAUCAAGGUAAGACGAACAGAGCGCUCCUUGAUGGAAACCUGCUCAGGACCUCCGACUGGGGGGUGAAGGUUCACCUUCCAACAGGACAAUGGCCCAAAGCACACAGCCAAGACAAUGCAGGAGUGGCUUCGGGACAAGUCUCAAUGUCCUCGAAUGACCCAGCCAGAACCCGGACUUGAACCCCAUCAAACAUCUCUGGGGAGACCUGAAAAUAGCUGCGGAGCAAUGCUCCCCAUCCAACCUGACAGAACUUGAGAGGAUCUGCAGAGAAGAAUGGGAGAAACUCCCAAAAUACAAGCUUGUAGUGUUAUACCCAAGAAAACUCGACGUAAUCACUGCCAAAGGUGCUUCAACAAACUACUGAGAAAAGGGUCUGAAUACUUAUGUAAAUAUUAACGUUUUUUUUAUUUGAAAUAAAUAAGCAAAAAUGUCUGUUUUUGCUUUGUCAUUAUUGAGUAUUGUGUGUAGAUUGAGGGGGGGGGGGGAAACUAUUUAAUACAUUUUAGAAUAAGGCUGUAACAAUGUGGAAAAGGUCAAGGGGUCUGAAUACUUUCCUAGGGCACUGUAAUUACGUACAUAUGCUAAUUAAGUGAUUCACCGUUUGAUUCAAAGUUAAGCUGUUUUAACAAUUAUUUUGUAUCAAGUCCAUUCAUAUUGUAUCAAAGACUGAAUGUAUAUUGUAAAAAUCAUUACUUGUGCUACUUAUACUGAUCUGGAUAAUUAUUUUGUUUGUUGAUGAUGUAGAGAACUGUAUAUUAUAUACAUACUUAUAGAAAGAAUAUGAAUCAAGGAUGUAGAUUUUAAACUUGUAGUUUUAAUCUCAGUUUUCAGGUACAUAUGUAUAAUACUGUUACCAUGACGAUAAAGGCCAGACCAGGUCAACUUUCUCUCCAGGUUUUGUUUGUAUAGAUUCUUUCCCAAUUUUUCUCUGGAAUGCUGAGUUGUGGCUGCAGGGAACAUUGCAUUGAAAUCUUUCAAUAUCUGCUGUUUUUUAGUAAUAAACCCAGACCUGGUAUA